CUAAGUUUUGUUCGUUUAAUUGUUGAUUACUUAGUAUUAACUUUAUUGUAUUGAAUUGUGCUUAUAUAAAUACAUCCUUAGGAUCGUACUAAGGAAAUAAUAUGUGUUCAUAAAGAGGAAUAAAAUCCUUAAUAGUUAACACACGAAGACUAAUCCUCCAAAUACUUCUUGGAUCAAACAUAACCUCAUCUCGCCACGUGGAUUGCUGAAAAUCGAGACACCUGGCUGGACAAAUUAACAGGUCUCCGUUCCACCAAGAAGAAUAUCACCAUCAACUGAUAUUAGGAUUAACCCUAAAUUACAACAGAACUACAUAAGGUCAAUCUACGUCCACCUAUUUUUACAUACAUUACAUAUCAAAGCGACAGAAAUUGCCUUCAGCUCCUUUUACACAUAUUCCUUACGAUAUAUAUGCAAUUUAAUCGUUUUGUUUUUUGAGUACGUUUAGUCUGUUUGAGAUUGCUGUUACAAAAAGAUGAUUCAAUAAGCUGCAUUGGAUUGUGGCGGUCGGUCAAAUGUACUGAGAUGUCUAACCAACCUGCUUGUUCGCGCGGAGUGCUCACCUCGGGUGGAGAAAGCGUACUUCCAGAACGAGACCAACAGGAAGGACUGUCGUCCUCAUUAGUCUCGAUUGAUGACGGUGAAAUACACGGUGAUCUUUCCGGCAUCCCCGAACCAACGCCUGGUCAAAUAUACGCUACAUCAACUCCAGCUAAGAACCUAGAUUUGCUUACCGGUAUGAACAUAACUCAAUUCCCUGAUAUGUCCUCAUCCCAAACACCCAAGCGCAAAAGAGUGAAUCCUUCCCCCACCACUAAUGCUCCCACACAGCACAAUGAUUCUGGCGAGUCGCUGAAGCAGACUGCUAAGAGGGCCAAUAAUAUGGUGAUGCUUGGUGAUUUUGCCCAUUCAGUGGGUGAACACUCAAAAACGAUCUCUGACACGCCUACCAUUAUCGCGUCCCCCUCCAUCCAUGCUGGGCCUGACGAGGCAUUGGUUACCCUUGCUGAUCCUGCAGCCAACACCGUGAACUCGAACGAAUACAUUGUCUAUGAGGAAUCAGACCUGAAUUGGCAUAGCACUGGUACUAUGUCCCUCUAUACAGCCUUCAGUGCAUCUCCCUUUGUUGUUUUCAUUGAAAGUACGGUGUCGGGAUUAAAUCUCGGCAAGUUAGACCCUAUCAAGGUCAUUGAUCUCCUUACUCCAAUUGUCUCUGGGGGUAAACAAGUCUCACGAACCGGCAUAAACCAGAUUAAGGUCGAGUGUGAGCAUUUUCAAAGUGCCAAUGACCUAGUUUCCUCCGCCGCCCUUAGAAAUGGUGGUUAUAGGAUGUUCAUUCCUGACACCUUUCUCUAUAAACGGGGUUUUACUGACUGGUUUCCUCCUGAGCGUUCGGUCAGGGAUAUAGUCAGAGUCAGUUCUCCUGAGGAAUUGAAGAACAUAACCUGUAUUAAAAGGCUGGUGCGACCACCAAACAUUAUUACCAACAGAGUUGAGUUCUCCUUCAACAGUCUCACUGUCCCAAGAUUCAUCACAGUCGGAGGUUUCUCAAUCCAAAUCACCCCGGUGAUUCAAAGACCCCGUAGAUGCUUUAGGUGCCAGAGGUUCUGUCACACCAAGAACCAAUGCAGGUCUACCUACCCCUCAUGUGAGCAUUGCUCAGGUAGACACCUCACAGACUUGUGUCCUUAUAAAGAACUGCCACCAUGCUGUAAGAAUUGUAAGAGAGAACAUGUCGCCUCAUCGAACCUGUGCCCCAUCUUUAAGAUGGAGUUCGGGAUCUUGAAAUUGAGAUAUACAACAAAUUGCAAUCGCUCUGAGGCAAAGGCGAUGUUUUUUGCGGAAAAUCCAGAUCUUGAUGGAGUCAUUCAUUCUAGGAAUGACUCCCUCAUAGUUGCCCCCCCUCUCCCUGAUGGACUUGUUGAACCUGAACCCACAUAUGCUGCUUCGGAUAAGGCUGACCCUCGAGGGGAGGAACUCCCUUCUACCUCUCAACAAAAGACAUUAAAUCUCUCUUCCUUAAAAUUGAAUCUUCCACCGUGCACAACGGAACAACUCACUGCAGUAGAUACACUAAUUGCUUUAAAUAGAUCGAACUCUGAUUUACUAGGAACUAUACAAGAAAAUCUGGCCUCUCCUAUCUCUCAGUUGAGAUCACUCGAGGAUGAGUUAAACGAAUACCUCAACCACUGAGGAUCGUGGAGUAAUGAUGAUCAGUAUUGAGGGAUCAUAAUUAAUUUCAAAUAACUUGUGUUGUUUAUUGGAAAAGGGAACAAUGAGAAAAUUUGGUCUUUUUAUAUCCUUAAAUUGCAUGGUACUAUUACUUUUUCUUUUUAACUGCAUGUCCUUAUCUUAGUUUCAUAUGAAUGCACUCCCAAUAUAAUUGGGUGGUUGGUUUGUUACAUUUUUUUUCUUUUCUGUACGUUUGUUUCUGUUGUUCUCUCCCUUUUUUUAUUGUUUUUGCGUUCUACUUACUAAUUAAUUUUGUCCUGAAUGAAUGAAGGAUUGCAUGUUUCUAAUUUCCGACUGCCACAACAGUCCUUGAUUUGAGUCAUAAUACACUCACGUAAAACGCCUAAACUU